UUUUUAUUUGUUGAAGAAGAAUACCCCAUUCUUCUAAGCACCUUUUUGUUGAUUGAUACGGAGUAACAAUUAAGCCAAAACUAAUUAAUUAAUAAAAAACAUAAUUAGUGUAAAUAAUUAAAGACAAAAAAAGAAUAACUCCUAAUUAAAACAAAAAAGCGAAAUCAACGGCGUAGGGCCUGGCCCAGUCAUAUAAUGAACAUAGGAUUCUCAACUCCCCCACUCUAAGGCCCACAACUGCUACCUCCCAAUCCCAUAUUGCCACGUGGACUUCCACCUAGAUUCUCUGCUCCUCUUAUUUUUGCAACAAUAAAUUUAAAUCAAAAUUAAAAAUGAAAACUAAAUAAAAAUCCAAACUUUGGAAAUUGUUUUGGAUAUAUAACAAAUUGGCGGGCAUUCACAACAAAUUCAAAACCCACCCCCAAAACAAAACCCUAAUUUUCCCCCCUUUCUUUCUCUCUCUCUCUCUCCUCAACGGCGCUUUCGUCAGUUCCCCCUUUCUCUCUCCUCAAGGUUGAAGGAGAUUGAUUGGUUUAUUUAUCUAUCUAUUUAUAUUUAUAAUUGGGGAAAAGCAAUUCAUUGGGUAAGUGGUUUAUGGAAAAGGGAUCAUUUGAUUCAUUUGAAUAGAAGAGGUGAAAUUAAGGUUGAUAAUGGGGAAAGUAUCUCCUAAAGAGAAGGAAUCGAAAACCCCGAGACAGAGAAGACGACCCAGGAAUUCGAACAAUAAGUAUUUGAGACCAGGGGCGCUUGCUCAGCUCCGGUACAGCAAAGCGUCAUCUACAAAGUCUUGCACCGAUUUAGGGAAGAAAAGGAUUGCAUUAUCAGAUUCCAAAAAGGUUGAUAAUAAUGAUAAUGAAUCGGUGAUUGCACAAAGGCCUGUUCCUAUUCAUGAGACUCCCUUGAUGUCACCUGAAAGAUUCGGGUUUCCUACUGCGGUGUCACCUUUUGAUUUAGUGAGACAGAAUAGUCUUCUUAAGACUCCGCAGACUCCUCGGUUUGAAGACUCUGAUUCUGAGUCCCGGCUCGAGUCUCUUCCUAUGGAUUUAUUGGUUAAAGUCCUUUGUCACUUGCACCAUGAUCAGCUAAAAGCAGUAUUUCAUGUUUCCCAACGAAUCAGAAUGGCUGUCACUCUUGCUCGACAGUUUCACUUUAAUUAUACUACUCCUGAUCGAUCUCGCCAGGAAAUGUUGAGUACAAUGACUCCACUUGCAACAGAACACUGGCCGUUCUUCAGCAAGGGAGAAGGCAGGGGUUUACGAUUGGCAAGCCCACAUACCCCAAAAGCGCCAAGACAUGGCCCUCGGCCACCUUCUCGGUUAAAGUAUACAGAGAUGAGGCAGGUUGCUGCUGCUUUGUUUCAAGAAGCGUCACUCCCUUCAAGGUGCAUGGUCCCAUCUGUUAUGUCAAAACCCCUCUGCAAAAAUCGAGUACUUUUCUAUGAAGAUGAACUAUGUCAAGCUGUGGCUCAGAACAAGCUUCGUUGAUCUGUUAUAACGAUGCUGCUUUUAAGCUCAUGCUCGCUUGUGUAUAGUCUGUCUUUGAUUCCUUAGGGUUUGUUGUCCUUGUGUAUUCUGUUAAGAGUCUUUCUUUGUUUGCUUGCUAUUAGGUUAUCUCAGGUGAAGUAGGAGGAGCAUGCAGUUUUGUAGUGUGAGAGGCGUAUACUAGGGCUUUCAGUGACCUUGUUUUUUUGUUGGGUUGGGUUGAGGUCAUGUUUAUUAUAGAGAAAAUAACGUGUUUCGGAAUGGCUGCCUGUAUAUAUUAAGCUAUAUAGUAUAUCUAUAUAUAGUCGAAGAAAAAUCCCUUGUUUUCUUGAAAAUGGCUAUAAAACCUUCAUCUGUA